CAGUGUCAUACGAUUCUAGUAUGAGAAUGUAAUCGAGCGUUAUUCUCGACCGACCAUGAACUACGACAUUCUCACAUGGCAGAACCCGACCCCUUAGCCAUCCGAGAUGGGCAGUCGUCUGGAAAAGAAUUCCUCUCAAGUGAGGAAGCGGAUCGAGAACCAUGCCUUCACCGACGAAGAAGGCGAAGAGUACGAAGGAAGCGAGUUUGGAGGGUUCGGCGACUACUUCAGGAGGAAAAAGCUCAAGCUGCAGAAUCUGGACGCAGGCCUCCGCGCAGCGUCUUCCGACAAGCCGCAGAUCUUCAAGGGCAUCGUAGCUCAUGUCAUGGGCUAUACCCAACCUCCAUUACAUAUACUACAUCGCCAACUCGUGCAACAUGGAGCCGGCUUCCUUCAGUAUCUCGACUCCAAGACGAUGGCGACGCAUAUCAUAGCGUCUGCCCUGCCGCCAAAGAAGUCGCUAGACUAUAGCCGGUACAGAAUCGUGAAGCCGGCUUGGGUGGUGGAUUCCAUUGAAGCCGGCAAGCUCUUGCCCUGGACCGACUACCGCGUGGUGGAAGAAGGCGCACGACAGAAGGUUCUCAAGUUUGAUCAGGGCAGCCUAUCUAGCCAGGCGACUCCGAAUGGCAAGCGGGGAUAUCGGGAACAGAGCGACAACAGCUUUUACACGAGUCAACUGAACGGGCCAUCCGGCGUCACGUCUGUUGCCACGCCCUCUCGCCAGCCUGCAGGUCCCAGUUUCGAGACGAGUCCACCUCCGCCCACUGAGAAAUGGCCCAGCGCAAAGAAGAAAUCCUUGGCUGACAUGGAAGAUAUCGAUGAUGAUUUCGACGAUGCCAUUUUCGAAGACAUGCAUCCCGGCGUAGACAUGGCGCAAGGCAAUACCAAGCCGCCCAGUGGACAAAUGUCUUCCGAGGUGGUUACAUCUGCAGCACCUCAUUCUAACGUCACACCAAAUGUCGACAGGAUAGCAGAAUUAGAAAAGAAAGCGAGCGGGAAGAAGCCCGAACAAAUGACGCCGGAAGAACACAAUGCUUGGCUGCUCUCCGAUCCCCGCAUUCGAAAAUCAUCCACGGCCAACCCCGACUUUCUCAAGCAGUUCUACUCAGAGAGUCGCCUUCACCACCUCUCGACCUGGAAAGCGGAGCUGAAAUCUCGAAUGCAGCGGCUGGCAAAAGAGAAAGAGUCGUCCGCCAAGGUGGCGAAAAGGAAACCGGGCGCUCGGCGCUAUGUCCUCCACGUGGAUUUCGACAGCUUCUUCUGUGCGGUAUCGUUGAAGAAACACCCUGAGUAUGCAGAGAAACCCGCAGCGGUCGCCCACAGCGCCGGGGGCGGCUCCGAGAUUGCAAGCUGCAAUUACCCCGCGCGCAAAUUCGGGGUGAAGAACGGCAUUUGGAUGAAGAGAGCCCAGGAGCUUUGCCCGGAGCUCAAAGUCUUGCCCUACGAUUUCCCGGGGUAUGAAGAGGCGAGCCGGCACUUCUACCAAGCCAUCCUGGAAGUCGGCGCCAUUGUGCAGAGUGUUAGCGUCGACGAGGCGCUGUUGGACGUGACCGGUGUGAUUUACGAUGCCGCGGGCUCUACCGGCACCGGCGUGGACGAGGGAAGUGUGUGGAGAGAACAGGCGGCCGCUGAUGAAAUCGCCCUCCAUCUUCGGGACACCAUCAAAGUCAAAACGGGGUGCGACGUCUCUGUUGGUAUCGGCGGCAAUAUCCUGCAGGCCAAGGUGGCGCUCAGACGAGCCAAACCUGCGGGACAAUUUCAGCUUAAGCCGGAAGCGGUUCUCGACAUGCUGGGCGAUCUCGAGGUGAAGGAUCUACCCGGCGUGGCAUACAGUAUCAGCGGCAAGCUUGAAGAGAUCGGGGUCAAGUUUGUAAAGGAUAUCCGGCAGGUCUCGAAGGAGAAGCUUUCGUCGACACUGGGCCCCAAGACGGGGGAGAAGUUAUGGGAAUACGCCCGCGGCAUCGAUCGUAGCGAGGUCGGAGAACAGCCUCCCCGGAAAUCAGUGUCUGCGGAGGUGAACUGGGGCAUUCGCUUCAUCAGCCAGGCGGAAGCGGAGGAGUUCGUCAUGAACCUCUGCAAGGAGCUGGAGCGCCGACUGGUCAACGAGCAGGUCAAAGGCAAGCAGCUUACCAUGAAGAUCAUGAGGCGGUCACUCGAUGCGCCCUUGGACCCGGCGAAACACCUGGGCCAUGGGAAAUGCGAUACCUUCAACAAGAGCGCCGUUUUCGGGGUCGCGACGAACAGCGCAGAGACGAUCGGGAAGGAAGCCGUGUCGAUACUUCGGUCCUUCAAGUUCAGUCCCGGGGACCUGCGAGGUCUGGGCCUGCAGUUGACCAAACUGGAACCUGUCAAGGCGGGAUCCUCAUCUGCCGUCGACGGAAGCCAAACACGGCUAGCGUUUCCCACGUUCAAUGCACCGCCCUCGGCGAGAAAGUCUCGUGGCGAUCCGAUCGAAGAAGCGGGAGAACGACAACCUAUCGCAGACAGCCGGUCGUCGAUCAAACGAGCGAGAUCUGACCCAAUCGACCCAAUCGAAGACUCGGAAAGCAGCCCAACGAGGAAGAAGAAGAGGACAUCUCCAGCUCAUGGCAUGGCUCAGGACCCCAUCGCAGAUGAUCCGCUCACGCCUCGCAGACCGAGGCAGGCGGCUGUCCAUCCGGCCCUGGCGAUUGCCAAGGCCGGAGAGAACGACGCAAGAGCCACGACGCCGCUGAAUAUUACAGGCACGCAAUUCACCCUUCCGUCGCAAGUCGAUCCCGCCGUUCUCGCAGAACUACCCAGCGACAUCAGGGCCAAACUCCAAGCGCGGCCCCAGCCUCAGCCGCGGCCACAAUGGUUCGCCAGGCAGGAGUCCCCCGUGUCCAGAUCACGAAGCGACAGCCCCGCCGUCCUAGACGAGCUCCCUUCGCAGGUCGACCCGGAAGUGUUCAACGCCUUGCCCGACGACAUGAAAGCCGAGGUGCUCGCGUCGUAUGGGCGAAGACCCGCCGGGCCGAGCGCGCCACCGCCACCGCCACCGCCACCGCAACAACAACAACAACAACAACAACAACAACAACAACAACAACAACAACAACAACAACAACAACAACAACAACAACAGUCGCCCCGCCGAGACAGGCAGAUGCAACCGAGGAAGCCGACGACGCCCACGAAACGGGGAGGGGGAGGCAUCAGGGGCAUGUGGAGCAAAACGCGCGAGCGGCAGCAAGACGCGGCCGCACGCCGCACGCAGACCAGCUUGGUUCCCAUCCGAAGACGGAACCGUCACGGCGGCGGGGCAGACGGUGCGGGACCGGCGACGGAGGAAGAAGAGCCGGAAGAGCUGGAUCCCGAAAUCCUGGCCGAACUGCCCGAGGACGUCCGGCGGGAGGUGUUGGAAGAUCAUCGGCGCAGGCGCCUGGCGCGGAAAUCGGGGCUGAAUUUCCAGCCUGCGCCGGGACGACGUCGGCAGGUGGGGGCGGAGGCGGACGAGGGGCGGAGGCGGGGGCCGAGGACGCUCCGGUUUCCGGCGCCGCCGCGGAGGAUCUCGUUCGCUGGGACGGGGGGGGAGGUGAAGGACAUGCUCGAGGCGUGGCAUGGGCAGUCGAAGGACGAUGGGCCGCACAGGGCGGACGUGCAGGUGUUUGAGAAGUAUCUCGGGCGGGUGGUGCUGGAGGAGCGGGAUAUGGAUAAGGCCGUUAAGUUGGUGCAGUGGCUCGAGUUCCUCGUUGGGGCGGACCCGUCUGACGGAGUUGGGAAGCAGGUGUGGAAGCAGGCGGUUGGAGAGGUCAAAGAGGAGGUGCAGAAGGCUGUGAAGGAGAGGGGGCUGGGACCGGUGCACUUUUGAAGGCGUGUUUUUGCUGCAUGGGAGGUUUAGGAAGCACGACGUUAGGAUACGA